AUGGACUCCCACUAUGUCCGCACCGUCGGACACAUCGACGAGCUCCUCGUGAUGAUAUUCGCCUACCUCGACGACCGUGCCCUCUCGCGUGCCGCCUGCGUCUGCAAGCACUGGUCGGAAAUUGCACUCGACUGCUUGUGGCACGAGGUCACAGACCUCAGACGGGCACUCACCGUGCUCGCGCCGCUUGCACUCAGGCCAGAACGCACCGCGACCACGUCUAUCCGCGCACCAACCGCCUACGCGUUCAAACGUCCGUUGACGGCGGACGACUGGCAGCGUUUCCAGCGCUAUUCAGCCAGGGUUCGCCGACUGCGGUACGAUCAACGCCACGCCCGGUCGACGACCGACCGGGCAAAACGACACGUGCCGUUGCACACCAAGGUCUUCGAUGACCUCUCCGCGACCUGCCCAUAUCCGGACAUCUUCCCGAACCUCCAAUCGCUCACAUGGUUCGCCUGCCCAUCCAGCCGGCAACACCUCAGCGUCGUUUUCAUGCAUCGGCGCGUAAAACACCUUGGUCUGCACAUGUAUCGAUCCGAACCCCAUGCUUUUACAGCGUUUCUCAGCGAUGCGUGCGCGCGAUGCACUGGAAUUACCAGCCUCGAGCUGAGACUGGAGGAGCCCAUGCGACACCUUGAGCAAGACGUGAUCCUUCUCCUUCGUGGCUUGCCCCAACUGCUGCAGUUGUCCCUUCCCAUCUUCUCCUUGACGCCUCGCAUCUUCGUUGAGCUGUCCAGAUUGAGGCAUGUGGUGUCGAUAACCCUCGGACACCCCGCGCAGGCAGAGCCCGGGGACCGCAGGGACGUCGCCGACUUUGCCCCGACGAUACCAGACGACGCCUUUGUCACCCUCCGAAAUCUAGCCUUCAGCACCCGGCUUCCAGACGCGACGAGGCUUCUCCACACGACGCAGUACCCUGCGUGGCUUACUCGUCUCCACAUCAAGAGUGUGGCUAUCACGACGCCCGUCGAGCUGCGCGACUUCUUCUGUGCCGUCCGGGACCGAUGCGCCUCGCUCGUAGACCUUUCUGUGGACUACAUCAUCGCGCCUGACUCUCCCAUCAUUUCUCCGCCGCCUCCUCGUCGCGAACGUCCAUCUUUGGAGACGUUUCGCCCCUUAUUCUCCGCGCGCUCAAUACGCGUCUUCGAGUUUCGCUGGGACUACGCGCUCAAUCUCAGCGAUGACGAUAUGGAAGGGUUCGCAAGCGGCUGGCCCGCCCUGGAGAGCCUGCAAUUGAACCCUGAACCUGUUCCAGAACCAGAUGGCCCGAAGCUGUCUCUGUGCGGCCUCAUCCCCUUCGCAAGGCACUGCCUGAACAUGCGCUACCUGGCGCUGCACGUGGACGCCCGCGACCUUCCGGACCUUUCCCGCUUCGCCCGUUCUCCCGCCGCGAUUCCCUUCAAGUGUCUCGAGACGCUCGCCGUGGGGCUCUCGGCGAUCUCCAAGGCGGAGCCGGUGACACUCUUCUUGAGCCAGCUGCUCCCGCUCGGAUGCCCAGUCAGCUGCGGACUGCGCUGGCCGGACGCGUUCGACCUGGCGCUCGAGCACGCGCGCAUCCCGCUUGACGUGCGAACGGAGAUGGCGGCGUACUGGCAGCGCUGGACGGAGGUGGCGAAGCUGCUGCCGGUCGCGACCAAGGCGCGGCUCGAGGAGAAGGCACGGUUCUCCGCGUUGGAGCGGGACAUGCACGCGCUCGAGCUGUCGCGCUCCGAAGACCGCCGGCGACUCACGCAUCUAGAGCGCGAGGUGCUGGACCUGCGCGGGCGCACAGGGCGGACGCCGUGA